AUGAACAUCAGAGAACACAUCGCAAUUUUAGUGGAAAAGCAUCCGAACCUAUGGUUGCCAUCGCAUGAUGACUAUCACAAUAAGGACCUGCGCGCCACAUGGAACAAAAUUGUCGAUUUGUUGCUUGAACGUGGUAUCGCGGCUGAUUAUGAUGUGAAAAUGAAAUGGAAGGCGAUGCGCAGUAGGUACAGGAAGUGCCGAAAGGGAAAAUCAGGACAAGCAGCAACUCGCACAGGAAUUUUCAGAUAUCUGGCAUUUCCGGAUCAAGCUGAAGUGGACGCGCCGCGAGUUUCGAAUUUAAAUGUGAGCGAUGAGGAGGACGUGAACGAUGAAAACGAUUUUCCAUCGUAG